UGCUUUGACGGUAUCCACAGGACGGGAUCAGGGAGGAAGGUCGGGACUGUGACCCCCGCAUGAUCCCUCAGUGUGUCCUUUCUGUGCUGUAGACUGCAUCUUCUUCAUCCUCCUCAUCCAGCAUGCAGGUCUCAAUCGCUUGCACAGACCACAAUCUGAAGGGUCGAAAUGGGGACCAUGGAAAAACGAACGCCACCAGCCCCAACGUGGUGAAUGCGGCACGGGCAAAGUUCCGCACGGUCGCCAUCAUCGCCCGGAGCUUUGGCUCUUUUACCCCACGCCACCACAUCUCCCUCAAAGAGUCCACCGGCAAGCUCACCGGCAUGAAGUACCGUCACUCCCCAGGGAUUUCUAACCUCAGACCAGCCCUGUCAUUUCUAGAGAUGGAUAUUUUGGUAAUUUUGUCUGAUUGAGUACUCAAUAGAUAAAUUAACCAAGUACUUUGGGGGUGGUGGGUCCAUCUACGCCAUUAUUUAAUCUGCUGGGCUCCAACACGGUUAACUUAACUUUUAACACGUUACGUGAAUCAUGACUAUUCAC